AUUCCAACUGCUGGACGGAAUAGGAUGAAAUAUCAUCUUAUCUUAUUCUGCACCCAAAAAGACUUAACCAAUCUGGUGACCUGACUGACUGAAAAAUCCUUGACCACUUGACUGGCUGAUCUCAAAAAUUUCACAUUAGUUUCAUUCAUUGAAUAUUUCAAUGUUCACUUCUUCGUAUGAUUUGUGAAUUUCCUUCAUUUUCUUAAUCCUUUCAACUGACUCGCUGUCAAUGCUCUGUACGCAUCGUUCCUCCAGUCACUGCAUGAUCUUGCUGGACGGAGUGUUAGUUAACUGGCUGAUUGUUACAUAUUAGUGUCAGUGAAUCUCUUUUAAAAGGUGGUGAAUAAUUUGGAGCUCUACGCGAUUCAAGUAUGAACGGAGGAGCAGGAAAAAAGGAUCGGUUCCCUCUUGAAAUUUUGCUACUUCUACUGAUUUUAUUGAGUUUUACUGGCUUCCUUUGCACCACUUCCGGUUCUCCUCUGGAUACAAAUUCCGCUCUCAUCGGAGGAGAUCAAGACCGCCGAGAUGAACUUGUGGAGCCUCUUUCUACAGCCGGAAAAAAUAAUAGAAUUUCCAAAAAUGGUAGUUUUACAAUUGGAACAUUAACGAUCCCAGCCGGUUACGACAAGUUGGUUCUUCCUUUGGGGAAUGUGUCCCCUUCGAUUUUCGUCAACGUCGAAUUGGGAAUUCGUGAAGUGUUGGGGGUGGAUACGAAAGGCGAAACAGUGGAACUCGACACGGAAGUCGGAGUCAGUUGGAUAGAUUGGGAAAUCUGGAGUAAUUACAUGAACGAUUCGGCGGCUCAAGCGAAGGGUAACAGUGGUGACGAAGAAAUCGUCCUAGAUUCUGAAGUACUACGAAACAUUUGGAAACCGGACAUUUAUAUCGAUGAAAUGGCGUCGGUUGAUAGGACGUCGCUUCUCUCGAAAUUAAUCACGUUAAAGUUCCUCGUAGGGAAUGAGGCUAUAGCGGGAACUAUUUCCUUUAAAUCAAGACAAUCCUUAACAUUGAGAUGUGACAUGGAUUUUCACUAUUACCCCGCCGAUAUUCAGACAUGCGAUUUUAACAUUCGAAGUUAUUCUUAUCCCCAAGACAAACUCUUUCUCAUGUGGGACAAUAUUCAUUCAAUCUACCUGGAUCAACUUGCCGAUUCCAAUUUUGACUUUCAAAUCUCUUCCGUCGAGCCGGGAGGGGAGUUGGAGGAUUUCUACAUCACAUCGCAGAUAAUACGUUACCCAGAACUUAGUACCAACUAUUCUGCGCUACACUUUACCCUUCAAAUCCGAAGAAAUCUGACCUAUCACCUUGUUCAGACUUAUCUUCCCGCCGUGCUGCUCAUGUUGAUCACGUGGUUGUGUUUCCUGCUUCCGGUGGAUAUGGUCGAGGCACGGAUCGGAAUCAGUAUGACUACUUUACUCACUCUCACCGCCAUGUUUGCAGCUGUCAGAGAACAAGCCCCAGAAGUGAGUUACACGAUGGCGAUCGACAUCUGGAUGGUAUUCUGCAUUGGGCUAGUCUUCCUGGCGUUAGUUUUAUUCACGGUUGUUCACUGGAUGCAGAGAAAACUUCAACAAUUUCAGGAGGUUAAGGGAAAUAAAGAGCAAGCUGAGAAUGGAGAACUUGGCAUGCCAAACGGAGACCAAACAGAAGAAUCGCGCCCGCUUCCAAAAAAGGAGGGGAAAAAGCAGAAACGCCACCUGGACGAGAGUGACACCUUUAUCAAUCUUGUGGAUAAAGCGCGAAGAUACGCCUUCUGGCUCUUUGCCCUAGUGUUCAUCCUUUUCCUUUCCGUCUACACCGCAUGGAUACUCAUAGGCUCCCAACACUUCGACUGGACACCAAAUCCCAAAUUUAACGCGGUCGAGGAUCCCAACAAUGAUACGAAUCAUCUCUUUGUCUUUAAAAGCACAAAGUUUGCAAAGGAUGUGGUCAAUGACCCUUAUAAAGAGACCGCGUCAGAGAAUCGCUAUGGGGACAUUGUCGACGACGUUAUUAAGCCCAGGUUGGCUCAGAGGACUGGACAGGAUUGAUUGAUUGGUCAGUUGGUUUCGCAAUGAAUGCAUGCAACAAUAUGUUUGAGACAUUGUUAAAUUGACUUUUAGAUUGAGUAGAAUUACUAUUACUUGAUGUAAUUAUAUACUGCAUCGUUGUAUACACAUUUCGUAAUUGCAUACAUAUUUCGUAAUGUGUGCAUACGAAUUAAAAUACAGAUACGAGUUAGACAAUUUUCCUUUCCUAGUAUUGGUUUUAGGUGGUUUUGUUCUAUUUAAAUGUCGAUUUUAUUUUCCAGUCUGACGAAGUAGUAUGUAUGCAGAUAUAUUCUGAAUUCGAUUUUUACGUGAGAGUAUGCACAUUAUGCAUAUAUUAUAUGUAGUUUUUAUGCAUGCAUGAACCAUUCAUUUCAUUUCAUUUCAUUAUACUUAUUUUGGCCUGGAAGCUAUGAAAUGAAUAAAUACUAUAAUUAUUUCGUCUUAAUAACGCA